AAGUGGAGUUAGUGGACCAGACCAGUAACUAGUUCAGUCUUUAUCCAUUUUCUUUUGUCUUUGAACCGAAGCCUCUCCUUGUCUAUCUUGGUUUGGUGAGCUGUAAAAUAUCCUCAGUUAUUGCCCUUCGUUAUUUCUAAAGAACUAGAAUUGCAUCUUGAAUUUUGAACUUGACUUAUUCUUCUUCAAUUCUGUGUCCUUUUUAGUCAAUCAAUUGAUCUUUGUUCAUUAUGUUCAUUCUUGUAUCCGGCAAGAAAGAGUACUGAAUUCUCUCUUCCUUUUGCUUUCGAAGUCCUUUCUACUUGAGGCUAUAUGUUAUUAUGUCGGAUUUGUAUUCGAGUUUGUCUCUUGACACGAUUGUAAUUGAUUUGGAAUGUUAAAUGCUUUGUCUGAAUUAGGCAAUUUGUCGAUAUAAUGGGGCUCCCGGCCUCCCACUUGUGUUGUGAUUCUCUACUGCUGCAUUUUGGUGAUCAUAUGUGCCUGAAAAUGUGAGUUUCAAAGAGCAGAAUGAUGUUCAACAUUUUGCGCUGUUUCUUGAUUCCAUUACUAAAACCUCCUCCGUUUUCUCUUUGAGUACCGGUGGAAGAGUUUUGAUUCAAGAGCAUUACAUAGGCAGAGUGAUCAAGCAUAGGCUUUUUAAAAACAAGAUACUUAGUAGAGGAGAAGAAGUUUCAAGUUCUUUUGAAAAACUAGGUUGACUCCGUGAAUUGGAUAUUUGAGUGUUUGAUUGGAAGUAGAAGCGAACAACAGGAAGUCCCCAUGGAUAGAAGGGAUGCAAUGACGUUUUCUGGGUCGACUCCAUAUUAUAUGCAGAGAGGUGUGACUGCUUCUGGCAGUGGAUUACAGGGAUCACCAACUAUAUAUCCAUUAACAGGGGCGAGUGCAUCAUUUCAACCAAAUACUGGAGGAAGUUCAAUUGGAUCAACAUUACCUGUUGAUCCUUCUUCAACAAUGUCAGGUCGGGGAGUCAGUGUAGGGGCACCUUCUGCUGUGCCACAGGGUGAGCCUGUACGUAGAAAAAGGGGAAGGCCUCGGAAGUAUGGACCCGAUGGUAAGGUUUCGUUGGCAUUGAAUCCCACUUCAUCAACUCCUCCACCAACUACAACACCUACUCAAAAGAGGGGUCGAGGAAGACCUCCAGGGAGUGGUCGGAAACAGCAACUAGCUUCUAUUGGUGGAUGGCUGUCGAAUUCAGCUGGGUUUGGUUUUACUCCACAUGUCAUUACCAUUUCUGUAGGAGAAGACAUCACAACAAAGAUAAUGUCAUUUUCACAGCAAGGACCACGGGCUAUAUGCAUCUUAUCAGCAAAUGGUGCUAUUUCCACGGUGACUCUUCGACAGCCAUCAUCUUCUGGUGGCACAGUGACAUAUGAGGGAAGAUUUGAAAUAUUGUGCCUUUCAGGCUCAUACCUUCUUUCUGCUAAUAGUGGUUCCCAUAGUCGUACUGGUGGUUUGAGUGUCUCUCUUGCUAGUCCCGAUGGUCGAGUCGUUGGUGGUGGAGUUGGGGGAGUCCUCAUUGCAGCCAGCCCAGUUCAGGUAAUAGUCGGGAGCUUCGUCUGUGGCAGUUCAAAGACAAAGGAGAAGGAUGGCCAAAGUCUAGGAAGUGCAGGAGAUCUAGACCAACAGACAGUUGAUAAUUCUGUAACCAUUACAAGCUUUCCACCAAGCCAGAAUCUGACUUCAACAUCUUCAAUGGGCACAUGGCCUGGUUCUGUGCAAAUGGCUCAUGGUGACAUUGAUUUGAUGCAUGGAUAACAGUUUCCGGACUGGUAGGUAGGCGAGCAAUGUAUAUAUUGAAUCAAAGCGAACAUGGAGUAAACAUGGAACUAAUUUCUUCAGUCGUACGAGAUGAGAGAAGCUUCCUCCUUAAAUCUCGUACAAUGCCAAUCAUAGAUGGUUGUAGUAUUUUUGCAGUUUAAGUGAAAAAUCUUGUAUUACACUGCUCUUUUAAAAGUGCUGACUUUAACAACUAUGAGAAAACUUGUUCUUUUGAAGAAGAAGCUGGAUUCAACUGUAUUGCGGAUAGUUUUGUUGACACGAGUAUAGAAGCUGAAAGAGAAGGAUCAAUUUUUUUAGGCUCUGUGGCCAUUGUGGGAUGCAUAUCUACCCAAGAAAGGGAAUUCCAGUGAACCCUUGACCAGGGUUGCAAUAUGUAACUUGUGAUCUUUUGGUGAAAGUUUUAUUGAACUGAGUAUAAACCU